CUAGCACCACUCAAAAAGUUAUAUAAUUGCACGCCUCUAGAUUAUCUUGCUAGCUAGAAAAAAAUGGAGUUAGUUUCAAGUUCCCUAAUUAACUCCAUUGGCAUUGGACUCCUUUCUGUAAUAAUCUUCUUGUUCUUGUUCCUUCGCUAUCAUUUUCGUCCCUCCAAUUCCAAAGAGCCACCACUAGCAGUAGGUGCAUGGCCAAUACUUGGUCACCUAAUCCCAUUAUUUGCCGCUAAUACACAAACACCGCCCAGGACCUUGGGUUCCUUGGCCGACCGAUAUGGGCCCUUAUACACCAUCAAGCUCGGCACCAUACGCGCCGUGGUACUCAGCAACUGGGAAAUGGCCAAAGAGUGCUUCACCACAAACGACAUCGUCGUUUCCACUCGUCCCAAACUCGUUGCGACGCAACACAUGGGCUACAACGGAGCCAUGUUCGCCCUUGCCCUCUACGGUCCUUACUGGCGCCAACUUCGUAAAAUUGUAACGCUAGGGAUCCUUACCAACCGCCGCGUCGAGCAACUCGGCCACGUUCGUCUCUCUGAAGUUCAAACCUCAAUCAAAGAGCUGUACCGUGUUUGGUGUAGCCAAAAGAAUGAGGAGUCUGGUUAUGUUUUGGUGGAGUUGAAGCAGUGGUUUACCGAGGUGACGUUCAACUUGGUUCUUCGGAUAACCGUUGGGAAGCGCUAUUUCGGUGGUGCCGGCGUGGUUGAUGAGCGAGAAGCGCAGAGAUGCAUAACGGCUUUGGGGGAGUUCAUGCGUCUGAUGGGAGUGGUCACGGUGGGAGAUGCGGUUCCUUGGUUGGGAUGGUUUGAUUUUGGUGGACAUGUGAAGGAGAUGAAGGAAACUGCUUUGAAGCUAGACAGAGUUUUAGGUGAGUGGUUAGAGGAGCACCAUCAGAAGAAGAAGAAGAAGGUUGACUGUGAUGAUGAUCAGGACUUCAUGGACGUCAUGAUUUCACUGCUUGAUGGAACAAUAAUUGAUGGGUUCGCUGGCGAUACCAUUAUCAAAGCCACAGUACUGACAAUAUUUUUAGGAGGAGCGGAAACAACCACCGUGACCCUAACAUGGGCAAUAUGUUUGCUAUUGAGAAAUCCUGUUAUGUUGAAAAAAGCAAAAGAAGAAGUCAACAUCCAAAUUGGUAAAGAGAAAUGCAUAACUGAAUCAGAUAUAAGUAAGUUGGUGUAUCUUCAAGCAAUAGUCAAAGAAACACUAAGACUCUACCCAGCAGCCCCUCUCUCAGGACCACAUGAGUUUUCAGAAAGUUGCACUUUAGGAGGCUACCAUAUCAAAAAGGGAACCCGACUCAUAACAAAUCUGUGGAAGAUAAACACAGAUCCUAGUGUUUGGUCAGAUCCUUUAGAGUUCAAACCAGAAAGGUUCCUUACAACUCACAAAGAUGUUGAUGUUAGGGGUCAUCAUUUUGAGUUGUUGCCAUUUGGAUGUGGUAGGAGGAUUUGUCCUGGAAUAUCAUUUGGCCUGCAAAUGGUUCAUUUAACUCUAGCUACUUUUUUGCAUUCCUUUGAAAUCUUGAAUCCAUCCGAUGAGCUUGUGGACAUGACGGAAUCCUUUGGAUUGACCAACACCAAAGCUACCCCACUUGAAGUUCUUGUUAAACCAAGUUUGUCUACAAAUUGUUAUGAAAUCAUGUAAUCUUUGUGUUAGCAGGGUGAUUCUUCGUGGUUUUGAAAGAGUUAUGAUAUAUACACACCUCUUCACUUCUUUUUCACCUUCAUUUCUAUCUAUUUCUCUUUUCUCUAUCAAUAAAAUCACAUAUCACAUCUUUACUUUCUUUCUCCUUUCUUCCUAUCUCUGUCUUUUUCCACCAUACCUCAAAAAUGAGGUUUGAAUGUAUAAUUAUUCUUAAAUUAAACUUGUCUUUCAUACUUCUAUGAAAUCAGGUUAAUUAUUCUA